UAUACAUUUUCAUUCAUGAGUAGGGUGAGCUUCGUUAGGUAGAGCAUAGGUCGGCUAUUGCACGCUCUUAAAUGAUUAAUACUCGUCUCCUUUUAGGGAUAACAAGGUCGUGAUUGAGUUACAAUGCACAAUAGGAGAAAAAGUCGAGCUUUGUCUAAUUGUUCUUUGACAGACAGGGUCAGAGGGGAUUGUGCGAUUGGCUGCUGCCUCCUGAGGCUACAGUGCUGUCAGGGCUGUUUGCGGGCUGGGAGUGACACCAAGGUGACUACAGGGGAGGCUGUAUAAAUUGUAGGCGCAGCGCAAACCACUCCAGAGACUCUGGCACCGGCUGAAGCGAAAGUGCGACCUUUAUAUCCUGCCGUGCACGACCACAUCAGGACACUGCAGUGAUGGCUGCAAAAGCAGAACUUUCGAGCUGGUCGGAGUACCCAGAGGACUUCACUCUGCUGCAGCAGCAUCACCAGCAGCAGCACAACCUGGCCCACAUCAGCUCCAAAGCCUGGAUUUCCUCCACUUCAAUCCGUGCGCUCUCAAUUAGGGACGCGCACGCGGCUGCAGAGGCAGCGGGCAUCUCGCGGGAGAAACUUGUGCCAGUGACCGAAUUCACUGACCGCGUUACCACCAAAGGCAUGACAGAGACAGACCCUGCUAAGGCGCCAGAUGGAUGCAAGACGAGCCACUUCGGCCCUCAGAGACACAGGCGCGUGGCGGCCAACGCCAGGGAGAGGAGGAGGAUGCACGGGUUGAACAAAGCGUUUGACGAGCUCAGGAGUGUCAUCCCCUCCCUGGAAAACGAGAAAAAGUUAUCCAAAUACGACACCCUCCAGAUGGCGCAGAUUUACAUCACAGAGCUGUCUGAGCUCCUGGCCGGCGUGGUUCACCCAGAGUGCAGGAGUCCUCGUCCAGGCUCUGGAGACAAGACCUCCAGGAGGAGCCUGAUUCACUCUGCACAGUCUCCGAAACCUCUGACCGGAGAGCAGCGAGACCCCUCCGCAUCUAUCGGUCAUCUGAUUUUACUUGGACCUACAUCUGACAUGGAAUCAAAUAAAUCAGGCACUUGUUCCAGCAGCAGCGAUGGGGAAUAUUCACAUCUCAGUGACGCAGAGGAGGGUCAAAGCGGGAAACAUUGGCAGAAAGUCAGUGCCACUGACUUUUAACUUGUUUGGAGCUCUUUGCAAGGCAGAAGAUAUCAGCUGACCAGCAGAGACGCUCUCACAGCAUAAAGUCCUGUUUUUAAUAA